UGUUUCAUAUAAACAAGCGCCUAAAUUGCAGUCAACAUUCGACCCCACUGCAUCAUAUUUACACGCUUCUCCGGAGCUUCCAGGCUGGUUUUGUUCUCGCUCCUCACAACUACCCAAUAUUUAAUUUUGUGAAUUGAUGAUGCCAAGUCAACAAUGGGGACUGCCUGUACCUGUACCAAGUUGCUGGCGUGAUUUAUGCGUUCACAACGGAGAUCCUCAGAAGAAAUACUUACGUUUACGAAUAAUCAGUUUUGAUUUGAUCAAAACGGGGGACUUUUUUGUGUUUUCUCGUCAAUCUUAGGUUUUUGUCAAUGUAGUUGAAAAGUGGGGGGUUUUGUACUGUUUAACCUUUCUCUUCGAUUUCGAUGAAUUCGGGAUGGCGGGAGGUGGUGAUUGCGUUGGUUUCAUUUUGUUGUUGAUGCUGCUGCUGCAAUUUGUUGAUCGCUUUUGUGCUCUGCCGCUGUGCUCUGAUUCAAGAGCACCUUUUACUCCGAGGUCUCGUCUGCAGUUCUGUCCCUACAAUGGCGGCAUCAGGUGCUGCAACUACGCUGCAGAUUCACGUUUGAAAAAGCAGUUUGAAGCAAUGAAUAUUUCGAACUCCGACUGUGGGUCUCUUCUGAAAUCAAUCCUUUGCGCCAGGUGUGAUCCAUUUUCGGCUGAGCUUUUUAGAGUUGAUUCUGGUCGUCGGCAAGUUCCUGUCUUGUGUAACUCUACAAUUGCGCCAAAUUCAACACAAUCUAACCAAGCUGCAGAUAACUUCUGCCUCAAAGUAUGGACUUCCUGCAAAGAUGUGUCUAUUUUGAAUUCGCCUUUCGCUGCAUCACUAAGAGGUGGAGCUGGAGCACCGAUAGACUCAAAUUCGACGAAGCUGUCCGAUCUCUGGGAAUCACAAACAAAUUUCUGUGAUGCUUUUGGUGGUGGAUCUGAUGAUGGAUCAGUAUGCUUCAAUGGUGCACCUGUGACCCUGAAUGAUACUAGAACUUCAACCCCUCCGAGUGGUAUGUGCCUUGAGAAAAUAAGUAACGGAUCCUUCCUGAACAUGGUUGCUCAUCCUGAUGGUUCAAACCGUGCCUUCUUCUCGAGCCAGCAAGGCAGUAUUUUCUUGGCAACGAUUCCUAAGGAGGGGUCAGGGGGGCUUUUGGAAAUUGAUGAGGCUAAACCUUUUCUAGACCUAACCAAUGAAGUUCAUUUUGAUACCGAAUUUGGGCUGUUGGGAAUUGCAUUUCAUCCAAAAUUCACUGAAAAUGGUCGAUUUUUUGCUUCCUUCAACUGUGAUAAGGCUAAGUGGCCCCCCUGUGCCGGCAGAUGUGCUUGUAACCCUGACGUGAACUGUGACCCUGCAAAACUACCUCCAGACAAUGGUGCGCAGCCUUGUCAAUAUAACAGUGUUAUAGCAGAGUUUUCUACUAAUGGUACAGGAUCCCAGCCGGCCUUGGCAACAAGUGGUAACCCUUCAGAGGUAAGAAGGAUAUUCACCAUGGGGCUUCCAUUUACAGCACACCAUGGGGGUCAGAUUCUUUUUGGACCACGAGAUGGCUAUUUAUACUUUAUGAUGGGAGAUGGUGGGGGUCAAGGUGAUCCUUACAAUUUUGCACAAAACAAGAAAUCCUUACUCGGAAAGAUCAUGAGGUUUGACAUUGAUAGCGUACCAAGUGCAGCUGAAAUCAAUCAGCUUGGUCUGUGGGGAAACUAUUCUAUACCCAAAGACAACCCAUAUACACUAGAUAAAGCUUUGCUUAAAGAGAUAUGGGCUCUUGGACUACGAAAUCCUUGGCGCUGCAGUUUUGAUUCUGCAAGGCCGUCGUAUUUCAUGUGUGCAGAUGUAGGACAGAAUCAAUAUGAAGAGGUGGAUUUGAUCAGCAAGGGUGGAAAUUACGGAUGGCGUGUUUAUGAGGGUUAUGAACCCUAUACUCCUCCUGAGUCCCCGGGUGGAAAUACUACACUCAACUUGAUAAGGCCAAUUUUUCCUGUCAUGGGAUAUAAUCACUCUGACGUGAAGUCUAAUGAAGCUUCAGCAUCGAUCACUGGUGGCUACUUUUAUCGAUCUAUGACGGAUCCUUGUAUGCAUGGAAGCUAUUUGUUCGCGGAUCUUUAUGCAGGCGCUAUAUGGGCAGGCGUCGAAAAUCCCAGGGGCAGUGGGAAAUUCAACGCGAGCAAGAUUCCAUUCAGUUGUGCAUCAGACUCGCCCUUAAGCUGUGGGGUUGCCCGCGGCAGCCAAAUGGCCGACUUGAGUUUCAUAUUUUCAUUCGGAGAAGACAACGAGAAGAAUGUUUACAUCCUAACCUAUAAUGGAGUGUACAGAAUUGUAAGUCCGAGUCGUUGCAACUACACAUGUACAAAGGAAGAUGCAUCAUCCUUGGGUAGACGGCCCCCCCCGGAUUCGGCCCCUCCUUCGAAGGCGAGCGUGUUGAUGUCGCGAUCAGGUCCGGUUACCGCUUUACUUAUGAUGAUUUCAGUUUUGUGUAGUUUAUUGCAAUGAGUUGAAUGGUAGAUGAUGUUGAAAUAUGUCUUGUUUCUUGUUUAUUGGGGGAAAUAUUGUGUGUGUUUUAGUUUCCAUUCAAGAUCAAAGAUGAGUUCUUUUUGCCAUUGGCACAUGUAUAAAUGACAAUGUACCAUUUUUCAUGUCAUUAAUGCUCAAAAUUUUAGCGA